AUGAAUAGCGUAGGGGAGGCCUGCACCGACAUGAAGCGCGAGUACGACCAGUGCUUCAAUCGCUGGUUUGCCGAGAAGUUCCUCAAGGGGGACGGCUCCGGAGACCCGUGCACCGACCUCUUCAAGCGCUAUCAGCAGUGUGUUCAGAAAGCAAUAAAGGAGAAAGAGAUUCCCAUUGAAGGACUGGAAUUCAUGGGCCAUGGCAAAGAAAAGCCUGAAAGCUCUUCUUGACCUUGACAGUCACCUUGAAAUUAGACUCCUCCAAUCAGGAAAUUGAGGACACUGGAUUUCGACAAUUAAGGCUGUGAAAAUAGCCAUCGAUUUGAUGAGUUUAGGAGGGAGGAGUUUUCUUUCCUCCUUGAUUUCCUCUCACUUGUAAAAGAUGAUGAACCAUCACUCUUUGCUAUGAGAUGAUUUCUCAUUUGCUCUGGCAUCUUGCAGGAACUCCAUGUGCUUAAACUGAAUGACUUCUUGGGAUUAUGGUUGCAAUACUUGGUCUGGGAUCAGCUUUAAAUAUCCUUUGUAUGUAAAUACUGAUAAACUUGUCAGGAUGAUCAGGGUUGCCUGACCUCUUAAGUUUUGCUGCAAAGGACAUUAGGUACAUUGUACUAGGGUUAUUAUUCAUGGAAACAAUUGGUAACGAUCUCUCUUUUCUCUCAGGGAGCUAAGGCUCUGAAAAGGGAUCCCAGCACAACAGUUUUAAUCAAUGCUUGGGAGCACGGUUUUAUUUUUAUAAUAACAACUUUUAAGAUUGCUGGUGGACUGGGUUAGCCAAGAGGAAGACAGCUUUAAGAGUUCUCUGCCUUAAGAAGAGGGGUCAGAUUUCUGAUUAAGAUGUGAAAGCUUGAAGAAUGUUGCAGUACACACCAUUUCUGAGCUCAUAGUGUAGUUUAGGAAUGAAGAUCCUUGGAGUAACAAUGGAGGAAGAUCCUAAAUUGCAAAGAUUUGCUGUUGCCAGCUUUCAGCCCAAAUUAAGCAAGCCAACCUGUAUUAUCAUUAAACUGGCAAAAUGCUGCAUUUAGUUAAAUGGGAGAAGUUUGUUUUAUUUGCCUUGUGUACCUAUCCUGCCUGUAAUGUUUGUAAUCAUGAAGAUGGAAUAAAUUGUAACAUUUAGUUUCA